UACUGGAAGUUUGCUUCAUUGGCUCUGCAGCUUUAGGAUGCGGGAGAACUAAUAACCUAGGGCUGAACCUCUUUAUUUUUCAGUAAGAACGGAAAAUGGAUGAGAGGCAGAGAAAACUGGAUGCUGGCAGAGCCAUGUUCGCUAAUUUCAGGCAGCGAAAAGCAAAAUGUAUCAGCACUACACAGAAAAAAGUGCCAAAAAGGAAGGGUGCGCCUGUCAACUCUCAUAAUGUUCCAGUGGAAGAAUGCACAUUAACAAGCCAGGUUGGACAUACUGCAGAAGUGAAAGAUGUAAAUGCAUCUGUUAAAAAUUCUGAGGCAUUUUAUUUGGGAGAUGGAGCUGGAAAUGAAAUAAUGUACGAUUCCAGGGAUAUUACUGAGAAUGAUGAGGAAUCUUCGAGCCAGAGUGAUGUGCCUGCCCAUCUCAUAGCGGUUUUAGAGAAUACAAUAAGUCAUCGUGAUGAAAUAAUCACUCAGCUGACGAGUAAUCUUCAGCAAGUCAUGAAGAACCGGGAUGAAACCCAGGAAGAAACAGUGAAGCUCACCGAACAAGUUCAUAUGUUGCAGCACCAACUUCAAGAGACAAAUGAAUUACUGAAAACCAAAAGCCCUCAACGUAUGGAAUAUUUUCAAGGUCAGCAGCAAGUGGAGAGUUUCCAUAAGCAUACAAGAGAGCAGAGUCGGCAGAUGGAAGUAUUACAGCAUCAGCUGCUGACAUUGCAACAGGAAGCCAUAGCUAAGGAAAAACUCUUCAAUCAAAUGGCAGAGAAACUGAAAAAAACAGAAGAUGAAGUACAGCAGUUGAUGUUAACCAUAAGAGAGAAGGAAGCUUCAGUUUCAGAACUACAUCAAGCUCUGUUGCUCAGGACAAAAGAGUUAGAGCUACUGAAUGAAAUCCAUACUAAUGAAGUAGAGAUACUGCAACAGAAACAUGAAGAGGAUGUCUCCAUCCGCCUUUUGGAGCAGAGAACUGAAAUGGAAAACAGCUAUCAGUGUGAGAUUGCCAAGCUUCAGCAGCAAGCAAACGAAUACACUACAAGAAAAGUUGAUGAGAUGCAAGUGCAGAAAGCAGAUAAAUACGCAUUUGACGACUGCCCAGAAAACAGUGAGCGUAGUUCUGGAGAGUGCUGUAGAAAACUUGAAGCUGUCAUUGCCAGUUUAAACACUCAGCUAAAUGAAAAAGACAAUGCAAGACAGGAACUAGCUAUUGAACUGGAAGAUGCAGCAAAAGAAUUUGAAGUGCUCCAGCAACAGUUUGUUGUAGCAAAGGAGCAGGCCAGGAGUGCCCUUGAGUAUAAGCAAGAAAAUGAGCUUCUUCAUAAGGAAAUGCAGAGGCAGAAUUUUGUAAUUCAGGACUUGAGCAGUCAAGUGCCUGUCCAUACUGAGACAUUUGUAAAGCUUCAUGCAAAAAAUAAAGUUGAUAGUACCACUUUCAAUGAACAACCGCUAGAAUUUGAAAAGGAAAAUAUGAUGAAUUCUUCAGCUAAUUUGCAGGUGUCUGAGCAUGACUUGAUAGAAAGAGAUAUAGUCAUCUGUCAAGACGAGCUAAAGCUCUUUGAGCAGCAGCUGCUUCAGUCAAAACACACGGUCCAAAAUGACUUUAAGUGUGAGGUGCAAGCUAUGAAAGAAAAGCUGAAUGAAAUCAAAGCCAUUAAGAAAUUUGAUGAAGACGUUUGGAGCAGUGAAGCUUCCCACGCAGAGUUAUUGCCUUUUGUGGAAGAUACUUUAAUGGAUAAGUAUCUCAUGUCCACUGAGCUGGAAGAAACUGGUAUGGGAGAUGAACUAGAUUCUGAGUUUGCAGUGCAGAGCCAUUUUGAACUGAAUAGUGAGAUCCUUCUUGAUCAUACCAUGGACUCCACACCACCAGAUAUUGAACAUAUUCAGGAGUCAUUGUGUUCAUACAGAGAUGAAACAGAGCAAGAAGCAGAGUAUUUGCAUUUGAGUGUUGCAGUCUCUCAGAAUGAACAAAAUAUCUUGACUGAAGAGUUUCCAUUAGUGCUUUCAGAUGGUGAAAGAAAUUGUAGGGAAAGUAGACAUUGUGAAAAAAUACCAAGUCAAGCUUUAGAAGAUGAGGCUCUGGUUAUGUGCAAAUUUAACUUAGUGGAAAAACAUUCUGAAUGUAAAAUGGCUUCAAAGGAUGAAGGGGAGUUUGUGAAAAAUUUAGGAGAUACCUCUCUGCUGCGGGGUAUGCUACACGAACUGCAGGAGGAAAAGGACCAACUUUUAAGGCAGUUGCGUGCUCAAGAGCAGCUGGUGAAAGACGUCCAAGAGCAGAAGCUUGCAUCUGAUUCCGUGACUGGAGAAGUUCAGUUUCUUUUUGGGCGUCAACUAGCCACUCUACAGAGCCAGCGAGAUCAGCUUCAGGCUCAGCUUGAUUCUCAAAAGGAGAAAAUUCAAAGUAUCUCUGAACUUUUGGGACAGAAGACAGUUUCAGAAGACAAGCUCCUUGAAGAACAGAGGAGACUUAACUUGGAAAUGCAACAUGGAAAAGACUUUCUCAGGCAAGUUUUGGAAGAAAAGUCUGAUUUGGAGACAAGGUUGUCUUCUCAACAGAAUGAACUAAUGCUCACAAAAGAAGCGCUGGAGAACAGCAGGAAGGAUGGAGAUAAACUGAGGAAAAAUAUUGAUGACUUGAACUUGACCAUUAUUAACAAUGGUCAAUGUUAUGAUUGUGAAAGAUCAGAGUUGCAUAAUCAGAUAAGAUCCUGUACAUUGGAACUGGAGAAAUUGGUGAGACAAUUACAAGAGAAAGAAGAUUCAUUUUGUAAAAAUGAAGCUGCUUUGCUAGCAGAAAUUGAUAACCUAAAUAAAGGUCAGAGAGAGCUCAAGACCCAAUACCAGCAAGAAGUUGAAAGGCUGGAAAAAGUUAUGCAGGAAACUCGUGAAGAAAUAUCCAGUUUUUAUGAAAAACAGAUUCAUAAUAUAAAGUCGCAACAUCAGUCAGAAGUUGCAGAUCUCCGCAUACAGCAUGGCAAUGAGCUACAGGACUUGCACGCAGAGAUGGAUGAGAAAGUGAAGCGAUUGCAAGGCAAAUUGAUGGAGGAGCACAGAGAACAAAUUGGAUUUGUGAAACAGGUUCAUGAGCGAGAACAUGAACGGGAAGUUAUUGAAUUAAUGGAGAAACAUCAGAAUGAUAUAAAGCAACUUCGAGAUGAACUCACCCAAGAGCAACAAGAGUUGUUUGACAAUCUUCGUGAACAAAUCAAUUCCGCACAUCAGGCUGAAUUUCAGAAGUGGCAGCUUCAAGUGCAGACUGAACACCAUUUAGAACUGGAAGCUUUGAGGUUGAGCCUAGCUAAUAUUCAUACAGCACAGCUUGAACUAUCCCAGUCCAAUAUGCAAAAGGAGAAGGAAGCGGCACUUACAGAACUUAGGCAGAUGAUGAAUGAUUAUCGGGCUCAGGAGGUAGCUGUGCUGCAGAGCCGGCAGAAGUUUGAGCUGGAUCGACUGAAGGAACAGCACAAACAAGAACUGGAACUUAUGAUGCAGCACCAUGCUCAGCAAAUGGGUAGCGAAGCUUCAGGCUUUGAAUAAGGAACAAAAGAUGCGCUCAGAACAGGAAGUUCAACACUUGUGGCUUCAACUGGAAAACAGUCGGACCAGUCGACAAGACCUUAGUGAACUGAAGGAACAGCUUCUGGCUCGUAAUAGUCAUGUGGAAGAAUUGGAGAGACUCAAACAGGACUUUGCCCAGCAGCAAAAGCAGAUGCAGGUGGGGCAUGAAAAGGAACUGGAGCAUCUGAGGACCUACUUUGAGCAGAAAUUAAGAGAAUCUGAAGAGACUUACAGAGAGGAGAUCUGCGUCAUACAACAGCGUCUGCAAGAGGGUCUGAAGCAAAACUCACUCAUGGAGAAUGAGGCAUCUGGUCUUAGCUCUUCUGGCAUAUUUUUUGAUGAUUUACAUGAUCAUGGGAAGAGUGACCUUCUGGAAGAUCUUAACCAGCAGCUGGAGCACCAUAAGGAGGAACUGAAUUGUUUGCGAAUGAAGUUGGAAGAAAAGCAUCAGAGAGAAAUGGACACACUGAGGUCCAUUCUUGAGCUGGAGCAUAAAGAAAAGCUUUUGGAACUGAAGAUGGCCUUGUCUGAUCGACAUUUUUCUGAACUUCAGGAGAUGAAGAAUAGGCAUAGUCUGGAGCUAGAGCAGCUGAGGGCAAGGCUUUCUGAUGCGCACAUCAAAGAUAUUACUAGGCUGCGGUUACAUAGUGCACAGGAUGCUGCUCGGCAGGUGGAGGCUGAGACUGCAGAGAGGCUACGCAUACUAGAAGAAGAAUACAGUGCUAAGUUAUCACUUAUGGAAUCCGAGAAAGAGCGUAUCAUGGAACUGGAAGGGCAGAUUGAGCAACUGAAGACAGAACAUGCAGAAGAACUGUACAGGAUAACAGGGCAACACCAAGAGCAGAUGCUAUGUGAGAUUAAUAAGGUAAAUUCACAAUUACUUGAAGAAUUUAAUCAAAAAUUGAAUAGAGCAAAAGAAGAAUCUUCUCAGCUUACAGCAAAUGAAUGCUUCAAGACAAAAGAAGCAGAGCUUGCAGCUCUGAGAAAAGAGUUACAGAACUGCAUGGAAGGCCAGCUGUUGCUGCAGCGAGAGGAACUACUGGAGAGGACAAGGCAGGAGAAGAUGUCCUUGAAGGAGGAAUUUGCACUUCGUGAAGCUGGAUUAAACCAUUUCCAUAAAGAGCAGGCAGCCCAGAUCUUACAGCUGGAGAUGGAACUAAAUGUUGAGCGGAAGCAGCUGAAGCAGCUGGAGGAAAGCUUGGAGAGUGAGCAGAACCCUCAGCUUGUUGUGCUGCAUAAGAAGAUUCAGGCGCAGUAUGAUGAGAAGCUUGCUUCUGCAAAGGCAUUUAUGGCAGAGGAGAUGAAAAAGUUCAGCAAGUGUCAGCAGGAGGAAUCUGCUGCCAGUGUUUUGGAGGCACAAAAUAGACUGAUGGAAGAACAUGCAGAUUCUGUGGAAAGAUUUGCAGAGGAGAAGUCGUCGCUUCUGCAGCAGCUGAAAGAGAGACAUGAUGAACUUGAAUCUCAGAUUCAGCAGCUGAAAAGUCAGCACCAGCAGCAGCUUGAUGCAGUUAAAGCAGAACACCAGGCCAACACUGAACUCUUGAGAGCUGAAUUAGAAGCUCAGAACCAGGAGCGAUUUAAGGCCCUUGAGGUAGAACUGCAGAGUAAACACCUUGCGCAAGUAGAGGAGCUUGAGGCAAAACACUUGUCUAACUUGGAUAACUUAGAGUCAUCUUAUCUGUCUGAAAUACAGUCCAUUCGUGAUGAGCAUGAACUUGCAGUGCAAGAUCUAAAAGCAGAGCAUUUGAAACAAAUGCAUACAAAGCAGGAGGAACUUGCUGAAGUACAUCAAAACACUUUAGAGGACCUGAAGAAGGAAAGUAAUGCAAAUUGGGUUCAGGAAAUGGAGAAGUUGAAUGUUAAACAUAAGAAUGACCUGAGGAUACUAGAGGACAGACUUCGCAAGGAAUUGUCUUCUUUUCAUUUGGAAAAAUUUAAAGCUAUGAGUUAUGAACUGGAAGAGGCUCACAAGGUACAGUUGGAGGCUGCUCUUCAGAACCAGAAGUCUCUUCUCGAGGCUGAAAGCUGCAGGUCUCUUGAUGCUCUCCGUCAGGAAGUGCUAGCAAUGGAAAAACAGCACCAGAAGGCAUUGCAGGAGCUGCAGGCAAUUCACCUCACAGAGAUGGAGAGGCAGAAAACAGAGUUGUCUCAACAUCUGCAGGAAGAGUUGAAUAAGUUACAAGAACACCACCAAAAAGAACAGGAGCUGUAUGCUUCUGCCUCUGAGUGCGAGAUAGUAGCUAUGCGCAAGGAACUGCUGGCACAAUAUGAAGAGGAAAAGCAUCAACAGCAGCUGCGGUUCCAGGAGGAGAUAGAAUUGUUGAAGUGCCAAAGCGAGGUGUUACUGGAACAUCAGAUAAACCAGUUAAAGGAUGAGUUUGAAACUGAAAAGAAAGCAGUGGUGGAUGAACAGAAAACUGUACUUAAUAGGUGUCAGGAGGAAGCAGAGGAACAGCAUCACAUGGAGAAAGAACAAUUGGAGUCUGAGCUUAACAAGAAAACCGAGCUAAUUGCUCAGCUCCAGGAUGAAGUAACAUCACUUCAUAGUGGAAUAGAUGCAAAGAAUACUGAGCUUGAAACCUUGCUGCAACGCAGAGAAAGAGAAAAUCAAGAAGGGGGUAACUUGGUCACCAUGCUGAAGUCAGACUUGGAACAUGCCAGGAAUGAACGAAAAUCCAUUGAGGAGGCCAAUGAUAGACUCCAGAAAUUAUUCUUAGAGGUCAUGCGGGCAAUGAUUUCCACUGAGGAUGCUAUCAGCAGAAGAAUUGGGAUUUGCUUGGAUCACAGUUUAGGAACUGCUGUUAGUGAAGAACAGAGUAAGAUGGGAGUGCAACUCAUGAUGACAAAGCAACAGCUUCAGGACGAUAUGGAGGAACAAGCACUUUUGAAUUCCGAUGCUGAAUUAACCCCAGAGUCUAGCUUAGCUUCGGCUCUUACAGAUGAAGGAUGUGAACUGUCCCAGCGUCUUUGUGACAGCAUUUUCAGUGGGUAUGACCUGGAUCCUGCAAGUGAGGAGCUUAUUCUGAGCAGCUGUCAACGUUUACGGCUAGCCAUAGAGAAACUUCUAGAGCUGGUGACUGAAUCGACAAAACAGCUGGACCAGAGUCAUGGAAUGAACACUGAACUACAGGAGCAGUUUCUUAGUCGCAACCAAGAGAUGACAGGUUUGGUUAUCCAACAUCAAGAUUUACUGGAGCAUCUCAGCAAAGAAAGUGAGGCAAAGAGCCACUUGGCUUUGGAGCUGCAUAAAGCUGAAGGUGUAAUUGAAGGUUAUGUGGCUGAGAAAGCUGCUCUGGAGGAGGCCUUACGUCAGAAAGAGAGCUCUGAACAUAGUCUUGUACUGCAGUUAGAGAACCUGCAAAAAAAGUUUCAGCUGCUGUGUCAAGAUCAUGCUCGAUUAACUGGUGAGCAGGACUUAUUAGUCCGCCAGAAGGAAGCACUUGCUACUAACCUAGAUGAAGCAGAAACAGGUGGUCCUGCAGCCUCAUCAGUGCAACAAUAUCCAGGUUUGUUAAAAGAGGUAGAACAAUUAGCUCAAGAGAAGCUGGAGCUGCAAUGCCAGGGUGAGAAAGAUCGAUCAAGCCUUCUUUCUCAACUUAAAGUUCUGGAAGUGGAGUUGGAAGAGCAUGUUAGCAAGAACCAGCAGCUGGAGAAUGAAUGGAGAACUGAAAGCACUGAUCUUAAGCAGCAAAUCCAAGCAAUGGAGAAACAGCUGCGCAAUCAGCGUCAAUUUAUUGAGGAACAAUCUGCAGAUCGUGAACAUGAAAGAGAUGAAUUUCAGCAGGAGAUCCAAAAACUGGAGGCACAAUUGAAGCAGCCAACAAGGUUUCAAGGCAUCAGUCAUCACAUAAGCCACAAGGUAGAGGGACUGCAGGCUACAAUCAAGGAAAAAACAAAUGAAUACAAUGAGCUUUUAAUGGCCAAAGAACAACUGGAGCGAGACGCUGCAGAACAGACUGAGGAAAUUGAAAAGAUGACUAUGAGAAUAAAAGAACUGGAGAAUGUAAUUCUUAAUAAUGCAGAUAGUGCCACAGAAAUUGCUGAAAUGGAGCAGGAAAUCCAGAAAAUGAAAAAAAGAGAAAAGGAACUUGAGCAGGAUAAAGAUGCUUUGCAACAGCAACAGCUGGGUUAUUUGAUGCAAAUUUCUGCACUACAGUCCAAGCUUGAUGAGUCAAGGCACAGGGUGCCUGAUGAUGUAAGUGGUGGUAGUGAACUGAGAGGUUUGCUGCAGGAAGAACGUGAGGCUCUGCUGCAGAAAACAAAAGAGGAUAAAGAUGCUUUGCAACAGCAACAGCUGGGUUAUUUGAUGCAAAUUUCUGCACUACAGUCCAAGCUUGAUGAGUCAAGGCACAGGGUGCCUGAUGAUGUAAGUGGUGGUAGUGAACUGAGAGGUUUGCUGCAGGAAGAACGUGAGGCUCUGCUGCAGAAAACAAAAGAGAUUGAAACCCUCAUGGCACAAUUGGAACAGUUCCAGGAUGACCUCAUCUGCAAAGACAAAGAGGUGCUACAUCUAAACAUGCAGUUAGAGAUUCAUGUAAAAGAGACUGCUGCAAGAACUAACCAGCUACAAGAAGAGAACCGCUCCCUGAAGGAAAAUGUAGAAAAUCUUCGCACACAUUUGGGUAUGAGUCCUGAUGGCAGUGGAGUGCCUUUGCUCCAGUUUCCACAAGCACUGCUUCAAGAGAAAAAUCUGGAAAUUGACCACUUAAAUGAACAAAUUGUACGACUGCAGCAAGAGCUGGAAAGUUCCACAGCCAGUAAGUUGCUGGAGAGUAAACUAGCUGAGAUAGAAGAGUUGAAGACUUUAAUCGAACAUCUUCGAGGAGACCAGGAGCGACUAAGACGAGAUAAGGAAGUAGAGGCAGAGCAGCUUCAUGAAGUAAUAGAGAAGCUUCAGCAGGAGCUAGACCAGCUGGCUCCAAACCGCCAUGAACUCAGUGACAGCCAAGAGAGUCUCAGCCCUCUGAGACUGGAUCAAGUGGAGAACCUACAAAAUGAGCUGAGGCAGAGUUCAGUAGACCUUCCAGAAGAAGAGGAUGAUUUGAAAAAAGGAUCUGUUGCCAUACUUGAUAAGUUGCAGGAUGAACUGACAGUAAUAUCAAAAGAACGGGACAUUUUACAGCAACAGCUAAAGGAAGGAGAAUCCCACCUUGAAGAAGUAGCAGCACAUUUGACACUGAGCCUUCAAGAAGUACAGGCAUCAGCCAGGGAACAGCUGAGUGAGCUAAAUUCCUUACAGUUUCAGCAUCAGAGUCUUCAAGAAGACUAUAGUUUACUAAAGAUGCAGCUUUCAAAACGAAAUGCAGAAAUCAUGUCAAUCUCGGAAGACAUGCAGGAGCUAGAACAUGCUUUAAGAGCAAAGGAAAAUCAACUUUUAGAAGGAGAAUUGCUGUACAAAACCCUGCAGCAGGAGAUGAAGUCUGAGCUUGCAAAGUUUGAGCAUUUACCAAAGAGGAUAAAUGAGCUUGAAAGUGAGUUGUCAAAUAAAGACCUUCAGCUCCAGUCCCAGGCAGACAAAAUCAGCAUCCUUUGUUCUGAGAAAGAUGAGCUUAGCUCACAGCUUCAGGACCUAAAGCAAAAAGAAGUGGGCUAUAUCACAGAUAUAGAGAAGCUAGAAUCUGAAGUAACUCGACUUAACCUUAAACUUGAAGAACAUUUGAAGGAACAGGAGAAACUACAUGCUGAGAGGGUUUCCCUAACAUUAGACUUAGAGGCUCUGAAGCAAAAGGAGAGUGUCUGUGCUGUUAACAUGGAGGGGCUUGAGCUGCAAGUGAAGGAGAAGGAUUCCGAAAUCCAGAAGUUAAAAACUGACUUGCUAAGAUUAGAAGAACAGAAGGCAUUAGCAUCUUCUGAAGAUUUGUUGGAUGAAGCACUCCAAGAGGAGAGACUGAGUUGUGUAAGAGGGCAGCUGUCUGGAGCAGAAUCUUUGCUGACACAGACCAGGACUACUUUGCAUGAGAAAGAAGAGCUUUUGUUCCAUCUGACUUCACAACAUGAGCAGCUGAGAACUGAGUUAGUCGCUGUGAAAGAGGAGCUGACCUCUAAUGAAGACAAAAUUGAGAAGCUCUUGGAACAAGGACAGGAAAAGGACAGAACCAUUUCUGAUCUGAAGAUCCACAACAGAAACCUCAAAACACAGGUUUGCCAAUUACAGGAUGUUUUCCUGAAGCAAGGAAUAGAGCUCACCAGAGCUGGUGUAGAUCAGAAUGAACAGAGAAGUCAGCUGAAAGGGGAUAUCUGUCAUUCAAAACAUUCUCAAAUGGACACAAGUCCUUGCCAUUCUCCUCAUCGUCUCUCCUGCUUCUCUCCUACAGAGGACAUGGCUCUGAAUAUUGCUAGUGAAAUACUGGAGCAGAGUUCACUGGGCUCCCCCGAACUUGAAAGAAAGUAUGAUGGGAGUAAUGGAUAUGAGAGUACCUUCCACGUAACACAGUUUUCUGAUAUUAGUGCAAUACAGAGCUCAGGUUUGGAAAUGGGGCACACACAAUCAUUCAUACUUCAGAAGGAUACCACUACUAUUGAUAGUGAUCAACGCAGCAAGGAUGAACAGGAUUUACUGUUGCCAUUGCCCUGUGAAAAUGAUGUUGAAAAGGGAGAAGAGUUCCACAAGUUGCAUGCAAAUCUUCCCGAUUCACAGGAAAAUGUAGAAUCAUCUCUUCCUGUACCUGACUGGGCUGGUGAUGAAUAUGAUCAUAGUUCAGAUUUUGGUGUAAAGAUGAAUUUGGAAUUAGAGAAGACUGAACGCUUAAAUGCCAGCUUUUUGGAAUAUCUUUGCCAACGAGGGAUUACAUUAUAUGAUGAUGUGGGUAAUACAGGACAACCCAGAAGUACCACUGAGGUGCUUUCACCGGAAUUGCAGGUUUAUCAUAGUUCAGAUUUUGGUGUAAAGAUGAAUUUGGAAUUAGAGAAGACUGAACGCUUAAAUGCCAGCUUUUUGGAAUAUCUUUGCCAACGAGGGAUUACAUUAUAUGAUGAUGUGGGUAAUACAGGACAACCCAGAAAUACCACUGAGGUGCUUUCACCGGAAUUGCAGGUGUUGCUGAAGAAGGUACAUGAAGAAGGCUGCAAAAUACUCGCAUUGUCAGAACGUCCAGUAUCCAGUCCUUUGACCACUACACACAGCCAACCAAAUGUUGAUCUACAAAGCUGGCAGCAGGAGAGAAAUGCCUUGCUAGAGGUAAUCCAGUCACUGAAGGAGCUAAUCGCCAACACAUCAAAACAAACCGAGAAGUCUGCUUCAGAUGCUGGCAUAGACUGGAGAGGAGAGAUGAUUCUUGCUGUGCGGUCAGUGUUUGAAAAAGAAGAAAACUCCUUGCGUACAGGACUUCUUUCACAGCUUCACGGUCUUGAAACUGGUGAUAACAUGAGCCUUGUGGAGAGGAUUGAAAAAAUAAUUGUGAAGCAGGAGGAAAAACAGCAUCUGGUGAUACAAGAACUUUUGGCUGUAGACAGAAGUAGCUUGCUUGCAGAGGUACAAGAUCUUCAAUCUCAACUCCGCAUCUCACAUUUGCAGAACCAAGAGAAACUGCAACAGCUGCAGGAUACCUUGAUCAGUGUAGAGGAUCAUGGCAGGAAAUUUGAGAAUCAGCUACGUAAGCAAGUGGAACUACUGGAAUAUAAACUUCAGCAAGAACAACUAAUAGCAACUGAUCUGCAAAAGUCUCUGAAAGAUGAGCAACAGCGAUCCGGUGAACUACGAGAAUAUCUGAAAAAAGAGGAAUCUAUUGGUGAUGAACUAAAACAUGCACUUUCUGAAAAUAAAGAUGAACUGGAGAGGUUAUUAAAAGCCCAUCAACAAUUUCAAGAGGAAAUCCAUAGGCUCAGCUCAUUUUUAAAGAAGAAAGAAAGUGAUCUGGAUAAGGCAGUUCAGAGCCUGGCAAAAGAACAAAAGAGUAGAGAGGAACUUCAGUCACUGUUGGAACAAGAGCAGCUACGUAACAGGAGGAGGGAUGACUUGGAAGAGCUGUACCUACAGGAUUUAAAGGCCUCACUAGAAGAUCAUCAGUCCCAAUGCAAGCAGCUUCUUUCAGCCUUGGAGCAUGAACAAGCAUUAAAUAGUAAUCUCAGGAAAGAGCUUCAAAUUGAGCAGUCUCGAUGCGAGGCAUUGCUUUCUCAAGAAAGAAGUAAACUAUUACAGACGCAGGACCGGCUAGAAGUUGAGAAAGAACAUUCUUUGGAACUGAAUACUGCACUUAACCGUGAGCGUACCCUUAAUGAGCAGUUAAGUCAAAGACUGAAUGAUGAAACAUCUCACACUGGUAAAGAAUGCUCAGAGGAAGAGAACCUUUUAAAGGAACUUCAAACACAACUAAGAGAGGAGCGUAGCAAGGCUGCAGAGCUUGCUGCCAUGUUUGAAAAAACUCAGCAGCAGGCUAUUCUUUCCAAACGAGAACUGGAAAGUGAGGCACAGCUCUACAGAGAGGAAGUUCAGAAAGAGAGGGAAGUUGGUGGCAAGCUCAGAGCAACAUUAGAGUCCAUGCAGAAUCAGAAUCAUGAAGUUGUUCACACACUUGAGAUGGAGAAGCAACACAGAGCCAAGCUGCAGACAGAGCAUGAUCAACUGCAGGCACAUCUCCUUACACUGAAAGAACAAGAAAAGAGUAGAGAAGAUCAGAGAGAGAGGAAAAUGCAACAAGAGAGAAGGGCAGUAGCCGAAAAGGAGAGGGAUCAUGAGCGGGACAAAGCAAAAAUACAAGAACUGGAGUUGCAACACCAGAGAGAUAAUCAAAGAAUCAAAGAGCUACAGCAUACCCUUGCAGAACUUGAAGAGCAAGAACGGGCCCUCACCUCACAAAAACGCUUCCGCACUUUGUCACCUAGUCCUGAGAAAAGACCUUUCAGCAGCAGAACAGUCUCUCCUCAGAGUAAGACAAUGCAGCAGUGGCAGCAGCAGCUUGAAAAUGCAAGGCAACAUUUGUUAAUGGUUGCUACCCACCUGACAGAGUUCAUGCAGAAGACUUCAGGCAGGUUAAGUUUCAGUGAAGAUGACACAUUUUCCGUUAUACAAAGUCUUACUGAGUUGAAGAGUGAAUUGCAGCAAUUAUCCUUUGUUUCACAGGCUAGAUCUUAUUCUGUUGAAUCUAUCCAGGAAGCAGAAAGAGAAGUCUGGCAGAAAGAAAAAAUAAUGCUUCAAAAUGCUGUCAAACAAGCUGAGGCCAAACUGGCCAGAGUAACGACUGAGAUUGCAGAGAUUGAGAACAGACCACAGUCAGACACUUCUAAUCCUAAAAUGCUUAAACUAUACCGGAGGUAUCUGCGAGCAGAGAGUUUCAGGAAAGCCCUUGUCUACCAGAAGAAAUACUUGUUAUUACUCCUUGGCGGGUUCCAAGAGUGCGAGAAGGCAACACUGUCACUGAUUGCUCGAAUGGGUGUUUAUCCUUCACCUUCGGAUCUUCCAAGGUCAUCCCACCGUCCACGUGCAUUCACGAGGUUCCGAUGUGCUGUCAGAGUUGUUAUUGCAAUCUCAAGGAUAAAAUUCCUGGUGAAAAAAUGGCAGAAGGUGACGAAGAAAGGAGUACCAUUUGAAGGCAUUGCUAAUGGUGUGCAUGUAUCAGCAUCAGGCAUUAGAACUGAGGUUCUGAGGCAGCAGCAGUCUCCAUCUGUGAUUCUGAACUCCCCUCCAACUCGGGACACAGGAGCAAGACAGCAAACUGGCUGCACUGCACUGACACAUCCGAUUUCUAAAUCGCCAUAUCGAUUGCAUAACAGGUCAUAUCCUUCUUCAUCAACAAAGUCAAGCCACGAGAGAUCAUACAGCUCCAGUCGAGAUCCUGAAUGCUCACUGACUGAGUACAUUCAUCACUUAGAGGCAAUUCAGCAGCGGUUAGGGGGUUUGCAAGAAGAGUCAUCGUUUGGAAAGUCGCCCUAUUGGAAUAAAACUAAAUAAGCAUAAUUGUUUAUUU